AGCUAUAAAAAGGCAUCAAAUGGGGGAGGGAGGGCUGCCGUGCAGCAGGAACUGUGCAGACGUACGCACACAGGGAUCCAGGGAAAGGCAGCCCCCUUUGCAGAGGGAAUCUAAAGCCACAGCGCGGGAGAGAGCUAAGGAUAAACACCCCACAGAGGCAACACGAUGGCAGACAAAAUCAAGGAUGCCAAAAUCAUCUUUGUAGUGGGUGGGCCUGGCUCUGGAAAGGGCACCCAGUGUGAGAAGAUAGUUGCAAAGUAUGGUUACACCCACUUGUCGUCUGGAGAUCUGCUGCGAGCUGAGGUGGCCUCCGGCUCUGACAGGGGCAAGCAACUCCAGGCCAUCAUGCAGAAAGGGGAGCUCGUACCCCUGGACACGGUCUUGGACAUGAUUAAGGAUGCCAUGAUCGCCAAGGCCGACGUCUCCAAGGGCUUUCUCAUUGACGGCUAUCCUCGCGAGGUCAAGCAGGGAGAGGAGUUUGAGAAGAAGAUCGGGAAACCCUGCCUGCUGCUGUACGUCGACGCAAAGGCAGAAACCAUGGUCAAGAGGCUCUUGAAGCGUGGCGAGACCAGCGGCCGCUCCGACGACAACGAGGAGACCAUCAAGAAGCGCCUGGACCUGUAUUACAAAGCAACCGAGCCAGUCAUCGCGUUCUACGAGAGCCGUGGCAUUGUCAGGAAGGUGGACUCUGAGCUGUCGGUGGAUGACGUCUUCGCCCAGGUCUCCAAGGCUAUUGAUGCACUGUAGUAAAGCAGCGUAACUGGAU